AUGGGUUCCGUAAUCGAUCAACUGAAUUCAAAACAGGAACUUAUGUCAAAAGAAAUCGAAUUAGUCCGACGUAUGGCUAAAACUAACUGGCUAAUGCCACCCUCCUGGUUCACUUUGGAUGAGUUGAAACGACUCGUUGCUAUAGAAGGUGAAACAGAAGGACUCUCUCACCUUCCUCCCUUCAUUUUUGAAAUUUCAAAUAUACUGGUACGUGCCGCGAAAGAGGAUUUAGUCGACGGUGAUCAGAUAAAAGUUUUGAUGCAAGACUUGUGGGACAAACGUGAAGCGAAGUUGCGGACAUCAUCUCUGAAGCUUCUCUCACAGCACGCUCAUGCACAUGUUAGACUAGAUGAUGUGCAACCUUUGGAAGUGGCAGCAAUUCGACCAAAUAUAUCAGCAUGCAAACAGAUCGCGAGGCUUGUUCGUAAUGCCCAUAAUGUUCAACCCGACUAA